ACUUCAGAAACCUCCUCUUGCAACCCGCCUGAAUUCUCUUCUCCUGACAACAUGUGUUGCAACUACUAUGGCAACUCCUGUGGCUAUGGCUGCACAUAUGGCUAUGGCUGUGGAUUUGGCCCCCAUUAUGGCUGCAGUUAUGGGACCGGCUAUGGUUGUGGAUACAGCCCCCUCUAUGGCUGUGGUUAUGGAACCAGAUAUGGCUGCGGAUAUGGCUGUAGCUAUAGCCCCCGUUAUGGCUGUAGUUAUGGAACUGGAUAUGGCUGUGGUUAUGGCUCCAGCUAUGGCUGUGGAUAUAGCUCUGGCUCUGGCUACUGUGGCUACAGGCCACUUUGCUAUAGAAGAUGUUAUUCUUCUUGCUGUUAGAACAUCACUAUCCAAGCCUCCUUUACUUCUAAAAUGACAUGUCUAAAGAUAGGUUGAUACAGGGAUCUGCACCCCUGACUUCUAUAUCCAGGAAAUUACAUGCUUGCUGGGGGCUUUGAUGUCCAACUACCCAUUUUUAUAAUGCCAUCAUUGUGGUCCCAGGCUCUGAUGUAUCAUCUGACUAUUUUCCAAAUAUUAGCCUUUAUCCUUUAGUCUGUGAUCUCUGUUAUGUCUGUCUUGAUGGUUCCAACAUCCUACAGUGUGGCAAGUCAUCUAUUCUUAAUAAAAACAGAUCUUUGUUUGUAACAA